AGCCACGCAGAUCACUUGCGCGUCGCGGGUGCUCAUGGCUUUUGAUUCCCAUGUCGCAGCCGGAGCUGCUGGUGGUGGGCGGCGGCCUCAGCGGCCUCUGCUGCGCCCUGGCCGCCGCCCGCGAUAGGAACGGAACCCGCCGGGUGCGGCUCUUCGAGGCGGAGCGGUGCCUCGCCGGGGAGGGCGGCCGGGCUGAGGCGGACCGCGCGGCGGAGACGCCGCUGCGCGCCGAAGGCGACGGGGAGGACGAGACCUCAAAGGAGGCCUUGCGCUGGCUGGAGGAAGUGCUGGGCGAGGAGCUGCAGGACAGUGACGAAUCCUCGACCCCAGUGGGUGUGGAGGUUCUGCGGCGCCUGACUUCGCUGGUGCGAAGCCACCCGGAGGUGGAGGUGCUGACAGAGGCGCUGGUCACUAGGCUGUGGUCCGGCGGCUGCGGCUUUGAGCGCCACGGAGAGGAGCUGAAGGCGGAGGGCCCAGUGGUGCUGUGCUGCGGCGGCCUUUUGGGGCAUCGGGGUCCCGGGUCCCUGUUGGCGCGGCUGCGGCCCGACCUGCUGCAUUUGCCCGUGGCCACUCUGGCCGGCGCUGCGGGCGCCGUCCUGGCGCCGGCGGUUUUUGCGCUGGGCGCGGCGGUGGCGAGUGGGCGGGUGGCGCUGCAUGCCACGGCGGAGG